AUGUUCGUUUCGAGCAGCCGAACGACAAGCGCACUUUGCUGCAGAUGGCAUCAAAGCCCUCAGCGAAACACGAUCAUCAAUGCGUGUUCUCGGCCAAUUGAGAUGGUUGAGCCUCCAUACUGGUUGACGAACAAGAGUGUUGAUGAGAUGCUCUCGGAGGAAUAUGAUCCACUGCGGAAAGAAUUUAUGGCUGCUCUCGCGGAGGAAGAAAUAAAGGUACUGAAGUACAUUACGGGAGUGGAUUCUAAUAUGCCACGCUUGUCUGAGGUCAUGGAACAGGCAUGGACUAUGGGAACAUUCUGGUAUACUCUGGCAUUAUCCAGUCCUACUGGCCUCUUCGGAUUGUUCUAUCAGCAUAUCCAACCAUUAUUAUCAGGAGGGGAAUCUGAGGAAUUUGGCGAGGUCAUGCCCUUCUUCUGGGUAAAGAAUGUGGGUGAAUUUGUUGCCCGAAAACUUUCUGACAAGAAACAGUGUGAUGCUGAUCUUCAGCUGGCGUUCACUGAGAGCAAACAAUCAUGA